GUCCAUGCUGUAUGAACUGGCGAUAUCAAAUCCAAAAAGCCCCCAUUUAACUCUACAGUGGGUGUCGACUAGUCGGCGAAUCUAGAGAAGGGUCUCUCGUCUCUGCCCUUUGCCAAAGUUUUGUUCUUUCGGAAAUUCAUACUCCCAAGUGAGCUCUGUACCAAAGUUGUUGAGAGGUCGGAGAAUUACUGUGGUCGCCCAACCCAACCCAGAAAAUGGAUCAGAGCCAGAGGGCUUCGAGGACUUACCAGUUCCACCCUGCCAGACCCGCCAUUAUCGACCUCUUCAACCUCUACUUAGGAAGAAGUGCCCGCCAAAAGCCAGAAGACUCAAUCCGAGAACCACCGAACAAAACACAGAAGCGUGUAACUGCUCUUAACAGAGAGCUUCCUCCACGGAAUGAACAGUUCCUUUUAGACUUCGAGCAGCUUCAGAGCCAGUUUGCUGACCAGGAGCAAUUGCGUGCUGUAACAGAAUCUGUUCUUAUAUCUAUGGUUAUUCAGUGUAGUUGUCAUGCACCCCGGGCAGAAUUUCUUCUCUUUGCUUUACGUAGUUUGUGCAGUAUAGGUUACAUUCAAUGGGAUACUUUUCUGCCGUCCCUCCUUUCUUCAGUGCCCUCUGCAGAGAUGUCAGUUGGUCAGGGAAAUCAAUUAUUGGCUGCUGUCUCUUCUGCAACUUUAUCACAGUCUGGGCUGUUGCCAUCUUCAAGCACAAUUCCUAAUUCCUCUAAUUUUCAAUCUUCAAAUCCUGCAUCUCCUUUGCCUUCAGUUCAUGGUAUUGGAUCCCCUACUCAAUCAGCAACUGAACCAUCAUCUUGUGCAACUUUGUCAGCAGUAAAAUCAUCUGACAUCAACUCUGUUGGACAGCAAUCUACAGCAAGGAUCAAUUCAUCAAUAAGAGAGAAUGCUAUAAGCAGUCUCCGUCACCUGUGUUGCAAGAUCAUUUUAACUGGUCUAGAAUCCAAUUUAAAGCCGGUGACUCAUGCCAACAUUUUUUACCAUAUGCUAAAUUGGCUGGUUAAUUGGGACCAAAGACAACAGGGGAUUGAUGAAUUUGAUGGUGCAAAAUCUUGGAAACAAGGCAAGGCUCUAACUGAAUGGCUGCACAGCUGUUUAGAUGUGAUUUGGCUGUUGGUUGAGGAUGAUAGGUGCCGUGUGCCCUUUUAUGAACUCUUACGCAGUAGCUUGCAGUUCAUAGAAAACAUACCAGAUGAUGAAGCAUUGUUCACACUCAUUUUGGAGAUCCAUAGGAGGCGAGAUAUGAUGGCUACGCAUAUGCAAAUGUUAGAUCAACACCUUCACUGCCCUACAUUUGGAACCCAUCGGCUUUUGUCUCAGGCCACUGCUAAUAUAUCAGGUGAAGCUGUGACAAGCAUGCGUUAUUCACCAAUUACAUACCCAAGUGUACUUGGAGAACCAUUGCAUGGAGAGGAUCUUGCCGCUUCUAUUCAAAGGGGAAGUCUGGACUGGGAAAGAGCUUUGCGUUGUAUAAAGCAUGCUCUUCGUAACACUCCAUCACCUGAUUGGUGGAAGCGUGUGCUUCUUGUGGCUCCUUGUUACAGGGACAGGAUUAAUGCUCAAGGACCUACUCCUGGUGCUGUAUUUACUUCGGAAAUGAUUUGUGAGGCAACCAUAAAUAGAAUUGUUGAACUAUUGAAGUUGACAAACUCAGAGACACUUUGCUGGCAGGAGUGGCUUGUAUUUUCAGAUUUAUUUUUUUUCCUAUUGAAAAGUGGGUGUAUUGAUUUUGUUGAUUUUGUGGACAAGCUAGUUUCACACCUCACUGAGGGUGAUCAACAUAUUCUAAGGACGAAUCAUGUCACGUGGUUACUUGCACAAAUUAUUAGGGUUGAGCUCGUGAUGGAUGCUCUUAAAACCGACUCAAGAAAGGUGGAAACAACCAGAAAGAUUCUGUCAUUUCAUAAAGAAGAUAGAAGCUCUGAUCCUAAUAAUCCCCAAAGUAUCCUACUUGACUUUAUAAGCAGUUGUCAAAACCUGCGUAUAUGGUCAUUAAACACAACCACCAGAGAAUAUAUAAAUAAUGAACAGCUUCAGAAAGGAAAGCAGAUAGAUGAAUGGUGGAGGCAAGUGCCGCAAAAUAGCAAAGGGGAGCGCCUGAUGGAUUUUAUGAAUUUGGAUGAUAGAUCAAUUGGGAUGUUUUGGGUUGUGUCUUACGCCAUGGCACAGCCUGCAUGUGAAACUGUGAUAAGUUGGUUGACAUCUUAUGGAGAAACAGAUCUGUUACCAGGAUCAAAUUUAAUGGUGAUGAGAGAAGUUUGCCCACUGCCACUAUCAUUAUUAUCAGGCUUCGCAAUCAACUUGUGUUUGAAAUUGUCUUAUCAGAUGGAAGAUUUGUUGUUUUCUGGACAGGUCGUCCCUAACAUUGCGAUGGUUGAAACUUAUGCUAGACUGCUCCUCAUUGCACCACAUACUUUGUUUCGAUCACACUUAAGCCAUUUGACACAGAGGAAUCCCGCCACUUUGAGUAAGCCUGGAGUGUCUCUUUUGGUGCUUGAAAUUUUGAACUACCGCUUGCUUUCACUCUACAGGUACCAAGGCAAAGCCAAAAAUUUAAUGUAUGAUGUCACGAAGAUAAUAUCUACACUAAAAGGGAAACGUGGUGACCAUCGUAUAUUCAGAUUGGCUGAAAACUUGUGCAUGAAUCUUAUUUUGUCAUUGAGAGAGUUCUUUUUUGUGAAGAAGGAAGGGAAGGGUCCAACUGAAUUCACAGAAACCUUGAAUCGGAUAACUAUAACUACUCUUGCCAUUAUCAUUAAGACACGUGGUGUUGCUGAGGCUGAGCAUCUGCUCUAUCUUCAAACUAUGUUGGAACAGAUAUUGGCGACCAGUCAGCAUACAUGGUCAGAAAAAACACUCCGCUAUUUUCCUUCUAUUCUUCGUGAUGCUUUGAUUGGACGCAUGGACAAAAGGGGCUUAACAAUCCAAGCAUGGCAGCAGGCAGAAACAACUGUGAUUAAUCAAUGCACCCAGCUUCUUUCACCUUCAGCUGAGCCUAAUUAUGUCAUGACUUAUAUCAGUCAUAGUUUCCCUCAACACCGUCAAUAUCUUUGUGCUGGUGCAUGGGUACUGAUGAAUGCUCGCCCCGAGAGCAUUAAUGGUGCAAACCUGGGGCAUGUCUUGAGAGAAUUUUCCCCAGAAGAAGUGACAGCAAAUAUAUAUACAAUGGUGGAUGUCCUUCUUCAUACCAUUCAAUUGGAGCUACAACAUGGACAUUCCAUGCAGGACCUUAUAUUGAAGGCUUGCGCAAAUCUGGCAUUCUUUAUUUGGACCCAUGAACUUCUUCCUUUGGACAUUUUGCUUCUAGCACUUACUGACCGAGACGAUGACCCUCAUGCCUUGCGUAUUGUGUUGAGUCUUCUUGAGAGGCAAGAGCUUCAGCAGAGAAUAAAAUUUUACCUUAUGAAUCGUGGCCUGCCAGAGCAUUGGCUUUCCAACGGAAUGUUUAAGCGAGUUGAGUUGCAAAAGGCUCUUGGUAAUCAUCUCUCCUGGAAGGAAAGGUAUCCCCCAUUUUUUGAUGAUUUUGCAGCACGGUUGCUUCCAGUCAUCCCCUUAAUCAUCUACAGACUUAUUGAAAAUGAUGCCACAGAUGCAGCUGACAGAGUUCUACAAUUGUAUUCUACCUUUCUUCAUUACUACCCUUUCAAUUUUACAUUUGUCCGUGAUACACUUGCAUAUUUUUAUGGUCAACUUCCAGGAAAACUCAUUCUCCGAAUACUGAAUGUACUAGAUAUUAAAAAGGUCCCAUUUUCUGAAUCAUUCCCUCAACAUAUUAAUUCAUCAAAUGCUGCAAUGUGCCCGCCAUUGGACUAUUUUGCAACUCUCUUACUGGGACUUGUGAAUAAUGUUAUCCCUCCUCUAAAUAAUAACUCAAAAUCUGGAUCAAUGGGAGAUACUUCAAAUAAUCCAUUGCGUGCUCCGCAUAACAAGAAUCAACCAAUAUCUCAGUCGGGGCCUACAAAUUCUUCUGAAAGCCAGAAAGCAUUCUAUCAAAUCCAAGAUCCUGGCACUUAUACUCAGCUGAUUCUUGAAACAGCAGUCAUAGAAAUUCUCUCUCUCCCUGUCUCUGCAUCUCAAAUUGUAUCAUCACUAAUUCAAAUUAUUGUUCACAUACAACCAACACUUAUUCAAUCCAGCAACGGUCUUCAUGGUGCUCCUAAUGGUGUUGGGCAAGGUUCUGUUUUGCCAACUUCCCCUUCAGGGGGAAGCACUGAUUCCUUGAGUGCGGGCAGAUCAACUCCUUCAGUUUCUGGAAUCAACGCAUCAAACUUUGUUUCCAGAAGUGGUUAUACAUGCCAGCAGUUGUCUUGUUUGCUGAUCCAAGCAUGUGGUCUCCUAUUGGCUCAGCUCCCUCCAGAUUUUCACGUACAACUCUACAUAGAGGCAUCCCGAGUAAUAAAAGAGAGUUGGUGGCUUACGGAUGGGAAAAGGUCAUUGGGAGAACUGGACUCUGCUGUUGGCUAUGCAUUGUUAGAUCCAACAUGGGCAGCCCAAGACAAUACCUCAACGGCCAUUGGAAAUAUUGUGGCCCUGCUUCAUUCUUUCUUCUGUAACCUUCCGCAAGAAUGGCUAGAAGGGACACAUCUUAUUAUUAAACAUCUCAGGCCAGUAACAUCAGUUGCAGUGUUGAGAAUAGCAUUUCGUAUUAUGGGUCCAUUGCUUCCUAGAUUAGCCAAUGCUCAUUCUCUCUUCAGUAAGACUCUGUCUUUGCUUUUAAAUAUCAUGGCGGAUGUGUUCGGGAGGAACUCACAGCCAUCAACUCUGGUUGAAGCAUCAGAAAUAGCAGAUCUCAUCGACUUCCUCCAUCAUGUUGUACACUAUGAAGGGCAAGGAGGGCCAGUGCAGGCCAACAGCAAACCUAGACCAGAUAUUUUGUCUCUCUGUGGAAGAGCAUCCGAAAACUUACGAGCAGACAUACAGCAUCUUCUUUCCCACUUGAAAACUGACGGAAGUUCUUCCAUCUAUGCUGCAACUCACCCGAAGCUGGUUCAGACUCCCUCGUAAAAAUUGUGCCUAUUUAUCAUUCACUGUAACCUGGUUGAGAGAUGGUACUUGCCCUGAAAUUAAGUUGUUACUGCUAGAGAAGGCAUUUCUUUAUGAAGAUUAGUCACAUGUAUUUAUAGUUGAAGGACGUUCUAUUUAUGGUUUUUGCUGAUUUGCAAUGGAUUGUAAAUAUGCUGCUUCUUUUUUAAAAUAAAUUAAUUGAUCUUAGAUGGUA